GGCUGGGCUGGGCAUAGCUUAGCUUAGCCCGCUCUGGGGGCUCCCUGCUGCUGCUCCCGCCCGCCUGUCUUCCUGCCCCGGGUGAACGACCCCUGGAUCCGGGACCUGCCCCCUAGAGAGCCCCUAGCUACGGCCACCAUGACAACGGCCAUUUUGGAGCGCCUCAGCACCCUCUCAGUCAGUGGCCAGCAGCUCCGUCGCCUGCCUAAGCUCCUUGAGGAUGGCUUUCCCAAGAUGCCUUGCACCGUCCCAGAAAGCGAUGUGCCCCAGCUCUUCCGGGAGCCCUACAUCCACACCGGCUACCGCCCCACGGGCCACGAGUGGCGCUACUAUUUCUUCAGCCUCUUUCAGAAACACAACGAAGUGGUCAAUGUCUGGACCCACUUGCUGGCGGCGCUGGCCGUCCUCCUGAGGUUCCGGGCCUUUGCCGAGACGGAGGCCCUGCCCUGGACCUCGGCCCACUCUUUGCCCUUGCUUCUCUUCAUCUUGUCCUCCAUCACGUACCUCACGUGCAGCCUCCUGGCUCACCUGCUGCAGUCCAAGUCAGAACUGUCUCACUACACCUUCUAUUUUGUGGACUACGUCGGGGUGAGCGUCUACCAGUACGGCAGCGCCCUGGCGCACUUCUUCUACAGCUCUGACCCAGCCUGGUAUGAACGGUUCUGGCUCUUCUUCCUGCCAGCGGCUGCCUUCUGCGGUUGGUUGUCUUGCGCCGGUUGCUGCUAUGCCAAGUACCGCUAUCGGAGGCCUUACCCGGUGAUGAGGAAGAUCUGUCAGGUGGUUCCGGCGGGGCUGGCCUUCGUUCUGGACAUCAGCCCCGUGGCCCAUCGAGUAGCUCUCUGCCACCUGUCCGGCUGUCAGGAGCAGGCUGCCUGGUACCACACGCUCCAGAUUUUCUUUUUUCUGGUCAGCGCCUACUUCUUCUCCUGUCCGGUCCCAGAGAAGUACUUCCCGGGGUCCUGUGAUAUUGUGGGUCACGGGCACCAGAUCUUCCAUGCCUUUCUGUCCGUCUGCACCCUCUCCCAACUGGAGGCCAUUCUUCUGGAUUACCAGGGACGACAAGACAUCUUUCUGCAGAGGCACAGCCCCCUCUCUGUCUAUUUGGCAUGCCUCUCGUUCUUCCUCUUGGCUGCCUGUAGUGGUACCACCGCAGCCUUCCUGAGGUGCAAGAUCAAGGCUGGACUGACCAAGAAGGAUUCCUGAGGGUGGCAGCAGGGAGUGGCUUGGGUGGUUUCUUAGGAAUUCACUUGGAAAAAAAAAAAAACAACUCUAGAAAGGGGGUGGGACACUGAAGAUUGAAUUUUUUUUUUAAGGUUCUGUAUGACUUAAAUUAAACUUUAUUUCCACGUAUGAGCUUCUGGCUAUAGCAA